GUCCUUGAUUGCGGCGGCCAAUACUGCCACCUCAUCGCGUCGCGCGUCCGCCGCCACGAGGCGCUGUCGGUCAUCGUGCCCUGCGACGCGCCGGUGUCGACGUUCGCCGACGCGGGCGCGAUCAUCGUGAGCGGCGGCCCGCAGUCGGUCUUCGACCCGGCGUCGAUGCGCGUCGACAAGGCGCUCUGGGACCUGCCCGUGCCGAUCCUCGGCAUCUGCUACGGCUGCCAGAUGAUGUGCCAGGACCUCGGCGGCAAGGUCGAGCAGGCGGCCGUCGGCGAGUACGGCCCGGCGACGCUCGAGGUCGUGAAGGCCGGCGGCGUGAUGCCCGGCGACGCGGACAAGACGACGGUCUGGAUGAGCCACCGCGACAAGGUCGUCGCGCUGCCCCCGGGCUUCGAGACGACGGGCAAGACGGCGGCGUGCGCGAACGCGGCGGUCCAGUGCUGCGACGGCACGCGCCGGCUCUACGGCCUUCAGCUCCACCCCGAGGUCACGCACUCGGCCAAGGGCGAGGCCAUGCUCGGCGCGUUCGUCGAGCUCAGCGGCCUCAAGGGGACGUGGAAGAUGGACGACUUCGUCGACCAGCAGAUCGCCGCGAUCCGCGCCAAGUGCGGCGCGAGCCGGAACGUCUUCGUGCUCGUCUCCGGCGGCGUCGACUCGACCGUGACCUACGCGCUGCUCGCCAAGGCGCUGCCCGCGGAGCGCAUCCUCGGCCUCUACGUCGACACGGGCAUGAUGCGCAAGGGCGAGUCGGAGCUCGUGUCCGAGUCGCUCGCGGGCGCGGACCUCCCGAACCUCAAGGCCGUCGACGCGUCGGCGCAGUUCCUCAAGGCGCUGGAGGGCCUGACGGCGCCCGAGGCGAAGCGGCGCGUCAUCGGCCAGCAGUUCCUCGAGAUCCAGCGCGCGCAGGCCAAGGCCUACGGCCUGGACCCGGCGAAGUGGCUCCUGGGCCAGGGCACGAUCUACCCCGACACGAUCGAGUCCGGCGGGUCCGCGAAGAAGGCCGACGUCAUCAAGACGCACCACAACCGCGUGCCCGAGAUCGACGCGCUCAUCGAGCAGGGCCUCGUCAUCGAGCCCCUCGCGGACCUCUACAAGGACGAGGUCCGCGCCGUCGGCGAGCGGCUCGGCCUCGCGUCGCACCUCGUCUGGCGCCAGCCCUUCCCCGGCCCGGGCCUCGGCGUGCGCCUCCUCUGCCACGACGGCGCGCCGGAGCCCGUCGACGACGCCGACGCGAUCGUGACGGACAUGCUCACGGAGGACGGCGUCAUGCGGUCCAUCUGGCAGUGCCCCGUCGCCAUGGCGCCCCUCGGGCUCGCCGGCCAGGCGGGCGAGGAGGUCAUCAUCCUCCGCCCCGUCGACUCGACGGAGGCCAUGACCGCGGCCUUCUCGAAGGUGCCCUUCGCGCUCUGCGACAAGAUCGCCGCGGCCAUCAAGGCCAAGCUCCCCCAGGUCGCCGACGUCCUCUACGACGUCACGAACAAGCCGCCGGGCACGAUCGAGUGGGAGUAG